GGGACGUUGAAAUAAGCAGCCUCUGUCUGUCGUCCUGUCAAAUAUUUUGUGAACAGCCGCCGGGACGUACGUGCGUGCGGGUGCUUGUGUGUUGCAGUGCUUUCGGAUGCUGCUGACUAAUUGGUACCCUCAUUUACGCUCAUAAUGGAAAUGGCACAUAGAGCCAAGGCUCAGCUGGGGGUCCCAGAGGAGUUGAUGGGCAUGACCGAGGAGGCCUUUCUGACCAAUCUCUACCUUUUCAUGAAGAAGCGAGACACACCCAUCGAGAGGAUCCCUCAUCUGGGCUUCAAACAAAUCGAUCUAUUUGUGAUGUUCAAGACAGUCAGAGACUUGGGGGGUUAUCACCAGGUGACGUCUCAACAGCUUUGGAAGCAGGUCUACAACUCGCUAGGAGGGAACCCUCGCAGCACCAGCGCCGCCACCUGCACCCGCCGCCAUUACGAGAAACUGCUGCUGGCCUACGAGUGCCACCUGAAGGGAAUGCAGAUGAACGUGGUGUCGCCGCAUGUGGUCGAGCACUACCGUUACCACGGCUACGGCUUGGAGGAGGACAUCGAGGCAAGGGCGCUCAAACGCAAGAUGAUGUCACUGCCCAUGCACCAUCAGAAUCAUCCCAACCUCCAGCCAGGUCCUCCUCACCCCGUCUUUCCUCUCCAACUGCCACAUCCCAACUGCUAUCACUCAGGCGGCGCUAUGCUGCCGCCUUACGUUCCCAUGUCACCUUCCAUGAUGACCCCACACAGCCCUCAGACGGGCCCCCCGCCCAAAUUCACCUUCCCCGCCUACGCUCCGGCUCAGACGGAACGAGUGAGGCCUUUGGACCACUUGCGCUUCCUGGCCGAGCAGUACAAGUCGUCGUCGGGACUGAGCGAGCCUCUCAAUCUGAGUAUUAAAGCUGAGAGUCAGAGGAUGGAUGGGAAUCCAAAAUCGUCCUUCUCCCCACCCAUGGCCAGCAAGAACCCAAAGUUUCUCAACAUGCCCUCUUCGCUGUACACGCGGCUGCACUCGCAGGUAGCGAGGAAGGACGGCGCCAAGAAGCCGGACCAGGCAGUGGAGGUUGGAGCCGCGCCGUACCUCACCAGGGCCAGGGAGGACUUUGUGGUGGACCUCACCUCCAGCAGUAGUCCAGAGUUUGACAGCACCCUGACAACGAGGGCCGACGGUCGCACCUGCUUCACCAAGCAGAGUCCGACAGAGUACCAAGUGCAAGACGAGGGUCCAGCGGCAAAGAAACCAAACAUCCAGCCUUGCCCGCCUCCCGGAAACCACGGAAAAAUGGAGAUCGAGAUCCCCCUGUCCGUGUUCCGCAAUUGGCUGCGGACCUACGGCCCCCCGGGCGCGACUUACGACCCCAAGCAGCUACCUCGCCUCUUGCAGGAGGUGUCGCAACAGAACAAGUACCUGCACCCGGGACAGGUUUUCUUUCACCCCGACUUCCAUCGGCGGAGCAUCGAAGACCUCAGGGUGCCGGACAAAAAGGAGCCAAGUCCAAACAUCCUGACACCCACAAUUCGCCACAUCCCCAGCCAAAAUCAUUUCACCACCUUCGCAAUGCCUUUGAAAGCCAGCGCCGUUCCGGAGGCUUCUCGGUUUUCCCAGCCAGAAGUGACGAUGUCAUCGAGCGGCCUCAAACCGCCGUCUUAUUGGGAGGCCUCCGCUAAAGACAAACAAGCGCCCAGGAGCCCCAGUCCGGUUCCGCGCGAUCUCUCGGUAACAACGAGCCAUCAGAGAGACGGCGAGCCCAAUCGGCGGAAGGCGGCGGAGGCAAAGAACUCACUGAUGAAUUCCAGCUCGGCCGCCUCCAUGCUGCACCUCACUAGCGAGGAGGUGAUGAAGCUCAAGAAAAUCAUCUCCAACUCCACGUGACCAUGGAGGGGGGGAUUUUUGUAUUUUCUUUUUUUUUACCCACAUUUAAACUAACAAGUAUUCCUCCUUCAAUUGUUUAACAUUCCAAUGACAGAAUGGGCAACUGAAAGAGUCACGUUUCAAAUAAAGGCCAAAUAUCCAGUC